CGAGUGAUUGCAAUCAUCAACAGUUUCUAGUACAGAGGCGUUAGUCGUUCGAGUCGUGACAUUUUCCUUCUACUUUUUCCCUAUUCGAUCGUCCAUAAUAAUCGAAGUUUUCCACGAGUUUCACCAUUUCGUUAAAUACUUGUCAGACGACAAAUUCAUAGAAAACGUAUAUUGAUUAACGCGCGGCGCGUAAAAUUGCCAUUAAUUGCGUUUCUUUCGUUUUUCUCACCAUUAUUCAAUCGUAAAAUUACCAGUCAAAAUGUCGACUGAUAAAUCCGGUAUUUUGUAUCUAUUUGACCGACCUGCCGAACCAGUUUACGUACCUAAAGGCGAAGAUAAAGUCGCCUUUGAUAUUCCAGCCGCUUAUUUGCCGGACAGGUAUCGUCCUGUCGCUGCCCAAGUGUUCAAUCGGUUCGGCGAGGAUACAGAUUCGAAACUUCAAGUGAAGCAGAUUACACUUCCCGAUCUUACUAUCCCGAUGCAACUUGGACGUCACCAGCCAUUUUCGCUGUUUAUUCCAGCGCAUCGAAGAAUAGCUACCCGGUUAAUUGACAUUUUCAUGGGUAUGCGGACGUACGACGACUUUCUGUCGGUUGCGGUUUAUUGUCGAGAUCGUGUAAAUCCAAACAUGUUCAUUUACGCGUUAUCAGUGGCGAUACUUCAUCGUCCUGACACGAAGGAUCUCCCAGUACCUCCAUUGACCGAAGUAUUUCCGGACAAGUACAUGGACAGUUCGAUAUUUAGCAGGGCUAAAGAGGAAGCUAAUCUGGUGCCCGAAGGUGCCAGGGUUCCAAUCGAAAUUCCAAGAGAUUACACAGCAUCGGAUCUGGAUGAUGAACAUCGCGUCGCUUAUUGGAGAGAAGAUAUUGGAAUCAAUCUUCAUCAUUGGCACUGGCACUUGGUAUACCCGUUUGAAGGCGACAUGCGCAUUGUCAACAAGGAUCGACGCGGAGAACUGUUUUACUACAUGCACGAACAAAUCAUGGCGAGAUACAAUUGCGAACGCCUGUGCAAUCGGCUUGGACGAGUGAAGCGACUGCUUAAUUGGCGCGAACCGAUUCCGGAAGCUUAUUUCCCGAAAUUAGAUUCUUUGGUUGCAAGCCGAACGUGGCCAGCUCGGCACAGCGGUGCUAUACUUCGUGACAUCAAUCGACAGGUUGAUGAACUAGACUUCGACAUCCAGGAUCUGGAAAGAUGGCGUGAUCGUAUCUACGAAGCGAUUCACACGGGAUCUGUAAUUAAUGCGAGGGGCGAAAGAAUUCCAUUGACCGAGAAAGAUGGGAUCAACGUGCUUGGAAACAUCAUGGAGGCUAGCGUUCUGUCUCCAAACCAGAACCUUUACGGCGAUCUUCAUAACUUUGGUCAUGUCGCCAUUUCUUACAUCCAUGAUCCCGAUCAUCGGUAUUUGGAGACUUUCGGCGUUAUGGGUGAUUCGGCUACCGCUAUGAGGGACCCCGUGUUUUACAGAUGGCACGCCUUCGUCGACGAUGUUUUCCAGGAACAUAAAAACACAUUGCCUCAAUAUACCGUGCAACAGUUGGACUUCCCAGGUGUGGAAAUAGCGGAUAUCAAAGUGAUGACUGAUCGACAACAGAAUGUUCUCAACACAUUUUGGACCAAGAGCGAUGUAGAUUUGUCGCGUGGACUCGAUUUCACUCCGCGUGGCGCCGUGCUCGCUAGAUUCACUCACUUGAAUCACGCUGACUUCACGUACAAGAUUGUUGUUAAUAAUCGCAACAACGGAAUACUAAACGGCACUGUUCGCAUCUUCAUAGGCCCAAAGGAGGAUGAGCGUGGUCUACCAUUCACCUUCAGGCAGCAGAAGAAUUUCAUGAUCGAAAUGGACAAAUUCACUACUAUACUUCGUCCUGGACAGAAUGUAAUUGAACGCAAGUCAACGGAAUCAGCUGUGACCAUACCAUUCGAACGAACUUUCCGCAAUUUGAGUGAAAGACCAGGAGGAGGUAGUACUUUGCAGCAGUUUAAUUUCUGCGGAUGCGGAUGGCCGCAUCACAUGCUUGUACCAAAAGGCAGCAAAGAAGGUUUCCCCAUGGAACUGUUCGUCAUGGUGUCCGAUUAUAAGGAUGACGCUGUUGUACAAGAUGAGCCAAGUAGUUGCAAGGAAGCUGUGAGUUACUGUGGAUUGAGAGACAAGAAGUAUCCUGAUGCACGUGCCAUGGGAUAUCCAUUCGAUCGUCAACCACGUCCAGGCGUUGAAAAUUUAGCUCAGUUCCUCACCGGAAACAUGGCGGUAACUGAAGUAACAAUUCGAUUUUCCGACACGGUCGUACCUAGAUCUAGAUCCGGAAGUACAAGCAAUAACUUAGCUUUUACAUAAUCGUGCGUAUUUAUGGAUAGUAAUUGUACCGUUCUGUUGAUUAUACCGACGGAAACGUAGAAUGGCAAUUGUUCAAAGGUUGACCUUUUUAUUUUUUACUAUUUUAGUUAUAUUUUUAUAUUAUAAAACACCAAAUGUAACGUGUAAGACGCAAAAAUAAAAGGCAAAAAAAAAACAAGUAUUUAAAAAUACGUAGA